AGAGUAAGCUUAGCUAUAGUGGCGAGGAGCCUCCACACAACUCGGCCGAGGGACAGCUUGGGUGGUCUUCAUCAUGGGGAAAAAGAGGAAACAUGAUCAGGGAAGGGACGACGAGUCGAGCUCCUCCGAUGCCAAGCGGUACAGGUCUUGCCACUGCCAGAACAGAAGGAUGUUAAGUGACGGGAUGUCUCGGGAGGGGUUUUCAGAUACCUUAUGUGAGGCAGUAAUCGAACUGAAAGACGUCAUACGGGUAUCUUCAUCUCUUGAUUCACCGGAAAACCGGAGUUUUUCUUUUCUCUGUCGAUAAAUAUUGCACUGAUUGGGCUUUUCUUUGCGCCAACGUUAGUUUGACACUCUGGAUUAAGCUUGAACCCUAUUUCUGUUACUGAUAUGCUCUUCUUGAAGACACAAUAGCCUUAAUCAUAUUCGUGUGAUGGAACGCACAGCAUAUAAAUCACCUACGAGCUGGGUUAUGGGACCGUAUGGUUAUGAUCUCACCUAAGUUAAAGUGUCCACGGAGGAAAAGUUCGAAAGAAAAAUUAUAAAGCUUAAGCAAAAGAGGGAAAAAGAUAAGAACAAACAUAAGGAAGAUAUCAGAAUACUCAAGGAAGAUUUCACAAUACUCAAAGAAUAUUUCAAAAUACUGAAGGAAUCUCAUGAAGAGCUCAAUUCAAAAAUCCAAGAGAUGCGAAAAGAAGGGCGUGCUGAAGUAAAUCAUUACGAUAAAUCUCCAUCUCAGAGAUCGCAAGUAAGCCAAUCAACAAGAUUUCGACUAGUAAUUGAAAAUAAUGUGAGCAGAACAAUUUACAAAAAGGAAACUAUAGAGACCGAGGAUGGCGGAGGUCACAUAAAAGUUGCCAUGUAUGAUGGCGGCAAUCGAAUCGCACCUGACCACCUUCUUGCUUCAGCAAAAGUUUACCUAGUUGUCAUUGAAGGAUGGUUCAACGAACCGAAGCGAGAUUCUUGGUCUAAAGAGGAUUUUGAGGAAAGCAUAAUAAAACCACGAAAAGGAAUCACAAGGCUAGUGAAAAAUGAUACAUUUGAUCUGAGUGAUGGGUGUUGUGAUCAUGAAGGUGCCAUUAUUAUGGAUAAUUCGCAACAAAGGGAAGUUAAGUUUGGAGUAAUGAUUGCAGUACCUACAGAAGUAAGAGUUCUUGAAGGAGUAUCAAAUCCUUUCAAAGUGCAAGAAGGCAAGACAAAAAAGCCAGGGUCUAAGAAAAAGGGUAAAAAGCCUUCUCCAGUUCCAACGCGAAACUUGGCACAGACAACCAGCACCCACACAACACAACAUGGCCAAAGUCCUUUUACUCCAGACGAGCAACAUAGUCUUCCACCACCUGCCAUUCAAGACGUAUUGCAGAAAUCAGACCAUGGAAAGCAUACAGAAUUUCUGACUGAUGACACUGCAGAGGAUAAUCGACUGAGUUAUCCACCGGCUAUUGUGCCACAGAUGGUUGAGGGAAAUGGGCGAGCCCUAAACAGCAAUGGUCAACAAUUUUCGCAACAAAUCCCAAUGCAAAUCUUGUGGCAGCCAACCAAUGCACACAUAAUGCAAAAUGGUCAAGACUACAAUAUGCAACAAACAAGCAUUCAAAAUCCAUCGCAGGCAGCAGGAUAUUGUCCAGUCUAUCAACCCUUACUUGCUCGUGGACAAGAUCAGUACACUAGUUUCUCUAAUGCAAGUUCUCAACUUGCAUUUCCGAACCUUUCAGCAUACACGACAUUGAAUGAUAUUCGCCAGUGGACUUCCAUCCCUGAAGGGGAGAUAUCUGUGGAAGAUGUACAUCCUUUAAUUGUCCCGACACAAAUUCAAGAGACUUAUGGGUCAUUUAGAUGUGGUCAAGUACUACUUCAAUGGGAUAAACCUCAUAUGGAGCCCAAGGAACACUGGAACUUUCUUGACGAGCUCAUGCCGCUGCAUAGCACACAGUCAAGGUUUUAUGGAGAAAGUUUACCCAGUACAAGCCUCAUGGAUAAAGCCCAUAAAUUACUGGCCAGUACUUCAUCAGGUGAUUCUGUUUUGAAGAUGAUUACUGGUGUUACGAGUCGAGCCACGCAAACUCCUCAGAGGAGAGGCGUUCUCAUUCGUCCCAUCGAGCCAUAUGAUUCAAACGCUGACAUUUUCAGGCCACCAGUUAAGAAGCAAAGGAAUGCCAAAUAUCAACUGCGGUUUGUCAAUAGGGUUUGCAAUGACUACUACACCCAGGAACAAAUCAAAUCAGGGGAUGGGAGUCUGUUAAAGGUAGCUUUGUAUGAUGAGAAUAAUCGGGUAGUCACAUCUGGUCCGCUGUCUUCAGCUUCUGUGGAGGUCGUACUACUUCAUGGCGAUUUCAAUGUCGAAGGUCAAGAUUAUUGGACAUCAGAGGAGUUCAGUGCCUGCCUAGUGCAUUCACAAUCCUUAGAAGAACCACCAGCCCUGGGAGGUGACCGUGUCUUGGCACUGACUGAUGGAGAGGCAGCCCUUGGUAAUGUCAGUUUCCAGAUUUCCUCCUUCCAUGCCAGAACAGGAAAGUUCAAGAUGGGUGUUGAGAUUAAAAACGUACGAGAAGAGAGUGUUCAACAAGGAAUCACUAGCCCAUUUCUCGUGAGAGUUCGUCAAGGGGAAGAAUCAAGUCACCAUCGGAUCACAUCUCCCGAAGCGUUGCUCAGAGUAAGAAUGGAAUUGCCCAAACAAGUCUGCGGGGCGCUGCAGUGCGAUGCCAGGGAACGCGCGUCGUCGGAUCAGUCGUCGCCGCAGAGAAAUGUCUUGGUGGCGUCGAAGGUGGAGGACCAUGACAGCAUAGUACAGAGCGGGAGCGGCGUGUUAUUAUUCCCAGCCCCGCCGCCGUCGUCGGAGCAGGCACGGGUGCCGCAGCCGGAGCCGGGGCUCAACUGCCCGCGCUGCGACUCCACCAACACAGAGUUCUUCUUCUUCAACAACCACUCCGUCACACAGCCCCGCAACUUCUGCGGCGAAUGCCGCCUUGGGCUGGGCGCCGCGCUUGGCCUGGCGGCGGUACCCGCCGCCGACAGGGACAUCGCGGAUCGCGCCGCCUACGUAGCUGCCACGUCAGGGACGUCGACGUCGACGAAGCCCAGCACCACCGCCACCACUUGCGCCAUAUCUGCGCCAAUGUCGAUGGUGGAGCGGGCGCGGUUGGCCAAGGUGCCGCAGCCGGAGCCGGGGCUCAAGUGCCCGCGCUGCGACUCCACCAACACCAAGUUCUGCUACUUCAACAACUACUCCCUCACCCAGCCCCGUCACUUCUGCCACGCAUGCCGCCGCUAUUGGACCCGCGGGGGCGCGCUCCGCAACGUCGCCAGCUGCCACGCCAAGCGCAGCGCCAAACGCAGCGCCAAGCGUUGCGCCAAGUCCAAGGCCUCCGCCGGAGAACCCGCGGCGACAGCGACACCAUCGUCCGCAUUGACGGCAACGAAGCCCAACACUACUUCUUGCAUCGGCGCCGCACCGCCGGGUCUCCACCAGCACUCCAUGUUCUGCACCAAGAGCGAGUCGCCGCACAGCAAUCGGUUCGCCGACAACUUCGACCUGGCGAGCCUCCGCCUCGGCUUCCCCGCUAGGCUGCUCUUUGCUGACGGAGGCGUGCACCACCAGCCGGUGUUGCAGGGAAUGUUCGACUUAGGGCUACAGAGCGGCGGCGGCAAUUGCGAGGACGGAGCCAGUUCCACCACCAAGUGACACCGCCGGCCAAUAGGCAAUAGAGACCCACAAGCGACAGGGGCAUGUACAUGGAAGAAAAUCUUAUGCGACCCUGCGACCGGG